GGUUCUGGUUUUGCCUGAUGUUCCCGCCAUGUCGGUCUUCGCCACAAGUUGUCGGGCCUCUAAGCAGUUUUCUGUUGAGCGUGGCGACGGAAGACUCGCACAGCUUCCUAAGUCAAUUCUCCCGUUUGGAUGCCCGGCCCUGAUGUGAUUCUUGCGAUGGGUGUUUGCUGGUGUCUUCAACUGGGCAUUUGGGUUACUGUAGUUACACCACAUCACUCAAAAUGAGGGGAAACCGGACUCACUCAAGACGACUCUUGCCUGAUUCGCUUUUUCAGGCUCGGGGCUGAUGGUUCCAUCACUGGCAAGGCGCGAGUGGCCACCCUGAGACCUUUGAAGAUGAGUGGCCACCCUGUGGGCAUCUAAAUCAAAAGAAAGAACAAACAAGAACUGGAUCAAAAGAAAACAUAACAGGAUCAAAACACCAUAAGAACAGAAUCAAACAAAGUCAUCCUGAGUAGGUCCCCUAGUCCAUUGCUCCCUUGGUCCUUUGGUUCCCUCUUGCAUAGGUUCCCUCUGGUCCUUUGGUCCCCUCUGGUCCUUUGGUCCUUUGGUCCCCUCCUUUGGUUCCCUAGUCACUAGUCCUUUGGUUGCCUGGUCCCUUUUCUGGUCACGGUCCUUGUCCUGGUCCCCUGAUGCAUGGGUCAAAAAGCACGGCCUCUGGCGAACACCAAAUGCUACCCGGUUGCCUUGGUCCUUGCGUCACUUUCUGAGUUCCCUUCAGUGAUGAAGCUAUGGGACGUGUCGUUUUCGAGUCAGCUGCUUUUUGAGGUCAACUCGGCCAUUGGCGAAUCCUAUCCGCUGGGCAUGCACCUUCAUGGUUGGGCAGCAGCAUUUGCCACUUCCGCCGUUGCUUGCAUCCUUCUCGAAGAGAAGUUUAGUUUCGUUUUGAUGUCUGUGGAUUCUGGACUUUUCCGUUGACUCAAAACUAAAAAUCAACGGCUGCCCAAAUUUGGAAAGUAUAUAACAAAGACCAUCUGUUUUUUUGAUGUCUUUGGACGAGAAUCAAGCCGUUCAACGACGAUCUAAAAUCUUAACUGACAUUUGUUACCGUCCUUUUGAGGGCUGCUGGUGUUUUGUGGAAACACAUCAAGAAAUGCGGAAAGACAAAGAUCAAGGAGGUUUUCGUUUGGCUCAAACCUCAAAACAUGAAGACUACACACACACACACGUGCUGCCUAGCAACACCUGCAUGUACACAGUUUGUUCCCUUUAGAUCAUGAUCACGUACUGCAGCAUGUUUUGUUCCCCACACGCUGGUCUUGUUGGCUGUUUUCAGGGUACAAUGUGACAGACACUGGAACCGGAGCGUCAACGGUGGACGGCAUUUAUGCUUUGACGGGUUGCAGCAACCCUUUGAAGAUUGGAGACCGCGGCUGUGACCAUGGUGGUCGUGCUCCCACGGUCACUUACAGUCAUGUGGCAUUGGAAUCGUGGAUGUCGACGUUUCAGAACGUCUGAGAUUGGAUUCAACAGGAAUAUCCCGCCACUGCUCCCCAUAAUCUGGGCAGCAUGGGCUAUGAUGGACGAGCUUCUUUAUACAUCAGCCGAAUUCGUGAUGCCGCUUGGGAGCGUGAGGGUUUGAAUUUGGAGUUCUAUCGUGGCUACAAUGUGACCUGGCAUGACCCUGCCAAGUAUUUGGAUGCACUAAAUUCGUUAAACAUGUUUUCCAGUGACAUGAGAUUGUCAGUGGAGCCGACGGGUGACUGGAAUGGAGUUCAUGUGGUGAACGAGACGGUUUUGGGAAGGUGCUUUGACAGAUACUUCUGGUACCCUCCCAUAUGCCGUCACGACCCUUCCACAUGCUGCAUCUACAUCACUGGUGGAAAUGGCUGGACACUGCGAUGCAAAAAGCCACAACGUGGAACAUGACAGCGACCGCGGUCGAAGAAACGCCUGGUUCACUCGAUUGCCACUUCACGAUGCUGUGACCAAGUGCUACCACCUUUGCAUGUUGAAUGCGUCUCAUUUUGGCGUUUGCCAUAGAUAUUUAGCUUCACAAACAACCCGGAUUCAGCUGGAG